AUGAGUUCGCAAGUAAAUACCUGGCCUGACAUCGGGGUUCAAACCCCCUUGCCGAAGUAUGAGCAUCCUUCCGAGACUAAAUAUCCACUAAAAUAUGCGGAUAUUGUUACUUUUGAUCUUGCUGAGUACGAUCUCCCGGGAGGUAAAGAGAGACUAGCCCAACAAUUUAAGCAACAUGUGCACCAAGCUGGUUUCUUUUACAUCACCAACAUUGGGCUUUCCCAAGAAGUCAUUGAUCUUCAAUUUGCGAUUGCAAAAGCAAUUUUUCAACUUCCCGAAAAGGAGCGCCUCAGACACCGCGCACCGUUGGAAGAAGGUAGCUACAAUGGCUAUCGACCUUUAGGGGCAUUGAAUCUGUCCCCAGGAAUGCAAGACACAUUGGAAUUCUACAGCAUUUUCAAGUUCAUUCCCCAAAGUCAACGAUCACAUCCCGAAAUUAUCAAUCAGUACUCUCGAGAGAUUGAGAAAUUCUCUAGGUACAUGCAUGAAAACGUUUCAUUCAGAAUACUACGCAUAUUGGCAAUCAUGCUUGAGCUACCAGAAGAUCAAUUUGUUGACGGCAAUCGCUAUGAAGAUGAAUGCGACAGUUCUAUACGAUAUAUGUUGUAUCAUGCCCGGUCGCAGAAGGAAAAUCAAAAUUUCGACAAUGUUUACUUCCGCGGACACACUGACAAAGGAACAUUGACAUUCCAAUUCCAUCAGCCAAUAGCUGCGUUGCAAGUUCAACAGUUGAAGGACGCAGAGUGGGAAUAUCUACGGAUUCCUGCUGGUUCUGUGGCUGUCAACAUUGCCGAUACGCUUCGAUUUCUCACGAACGGGUAUUUGAAAAGUGGAUUGCAUCGGGUUAUAGCACCUCCAAGUGACCAAGUUCAUCUUGAUCGUUUAGGAUUACUAUAUUUUGUACGUCCAACGGACAAGUUGCCUUGGAAGACGUUAAACAGUCCAUAUUUGCGGGGGAUGGGUUAUGGGAAGACUACGACGGAGAAUGACAUGGACUUUUCUGGGUUGGAUUGGUGGAGGGCCGGGGUCAAGUCUCGCAAGGGGGCAAAUUAUAUGAGUUCUGCGGCUAGCACGACCUAG